AAAAAGGGUGAUUAAAAAAUUAUCUUUAAAUCCUGCACAUAAAACACUUGUUCUCAGUGAACCAAAAGAAAGACAACGUCAAUAGUUUAAUGGAUAAAGAGGAGAAAUAAAGAGAAAGAGAAAAAGAGAUUGAGGUUUACCUUAGAUCAAUUACUUUAUGUCCUCUCCCACAAGGGCUGAUUCGCGGACUUUAUAUUCACGCUUGCACAAUUUGUUUCAACCUUCCUAUUGCUCUUUCUCUUCCACUUUAACAUUAACAAAUGGUUACAAAUCCAACAGCUGAUUGGACUGAAUUACAUGAUCGCUUUUAUAAGAAACAAGAGAUAUAUUCUUUAUCUUGGAAUCAGUCUGACCUAUCAAAGUUUAUGAUUGCAGGAGCCCAAUAUGGUGGGCCUAUUGCAAUGAUAAGGGAUGAUCGAAAGGUGUUAUUGUUGCAGAAGCAGCAGCCUAUAAAACCUACGAUAUAUAUGUAUACUAGUGCAGGCAAACUCAUCGAACAAAUUCAGUGGGAUAAAGGAAAGAUUGUUGGUUUAGGAUGGACAGAACAAGAGCAACUCGUUGUUGUCACAGAAGAUGGUUCAGUCAGGCUAUAUACGUUCCAUGGUCAGUUUAGCCAAUUUUCUCUAGGAAAGGAAGCAAAAGAUGAUGGUAUCAUUGAUUGUCAAAUUUGGGGAGGUGGACUUGUCGCGAUGACCAGCAAAUAUCAACUUAUCUCUGUCACCAACUUUCUUGAACCACAGCCAAAGCCUCUUGCAGACAUUCGACUGGACGAACCCCCUCACAGUUGGACGAUUGUACCCCCUCAGUUUACGCUAAGCAGACACGUAGAAGUCUUGAUCGCGACAGGUUCAACCAUCCUCGUGGUGGACAGUAACGAGGCUACAGACGAGCAUCUGACACAAGGCCCCUUUACCAAAAUGGCUGUGUCUCCAAACGGAAAGUUCCUUGCCUUGUUUACUGCAGAUGGUAAGCUAUGGGUUGUAUCGACUGAUUUUCAAAAGAAUAUGUCCGAAUAUUCUACGAAAUCAAGGAUUCCUCCUCAACAGCUCGUCUGGUGUGGCACAGACGCCGUCGUCCUUUACUGGGACCACAUCGUUUUGAUCGUAGGGCCUUAUGGUGAUUGGAUAAAGUACUCUUAUGAGGACCCCAUCUAUCUCGUAUCUGAAAUUGAUGGUGUUCGAAUCAUGAGUAAUGACAAGUGUGAGCUAUUACAAAAAGUACCAGAUUCUACUGAAAAAAUCUUCAAGAUUGGCUCAACUGAUCCACCCGCCAUGUUAUAUGACGCAUUGGAUCAUUAUGAGCGUAAAAGUCCCAAAGCAGAUGAAAAUAUCCGUACCAUCAGGACAGAGCUAGUCGAUGCUGUUGAUAGCUGCAUUGAAGCAGCAGGCUUUGAAUUCCAGCACUAUUAUCAACGUACGCUACUGAAAGCAGCUUCGUUUGGUAAAUGCUUUUUGGAAAAUUAUAAUGCAAACAACUUUGUCGAUAUGGCUCAAACCAUCCGUGUGCUGAAUGCAGUGAGAUACUAUGAUAUUGGCAUACCUCUGACUUAUACCCAGUAUAAACGUCAAGGGCCCGAAGUGUUGAUUGAUCGCCUAGUUAAUCGUAACCAUCAUUUACUGGCUGUUCGUAUCGCCGAAUAUCUUAAGACACGAACAGAUAAAAUCCUUAUCCACUGGGCCUGUGAAAAAAUCAAGUCAUCCACAGAAGAUGAAGAAUCUAUCUGUAGAGCGAUUGUAGAUAAAUUAACCAAGAAGCCGGGCCUUUCUUAUGCCGAGAUUGCAAAGACUGCGCAUGAUGCUGGUCAAACUCGAUUAGCGACAAGACUAUUGGAUUAUGAACCCAGGGCAGCAGAUCAGGUUCCUUUGUUACUUUCGAUGCAGGAAGACGAAACGGCUUUGAUCAAAGCAAUAGAGAGUGGAGAUACUGAUUUAGUUUAUUUGGUCAUAUUUCACUUGAAGCGUAAAUUACCACUUGGAGAAUUCUUCCGUGUGAUCAAUAAUAAGCCGAUGGCGUGUAAUCUAUUGGAAGUUUACUGCAAGGAACAAGAUACUGAACUUUUGAAGGACUUUUACUAUCAGGAUGACAGAAGACUAGACAGUGCUAAUUUUAUGUUGCUUGAAGGCUUUAAUGAUUCUGAUGUUUUGGAGCGUAUAAAAAAGCUCAAGAUAGCGGCCAAGGCUUAUAGCGAACAGCGAGAACAAACAUUUGAAGCCAAGGCUACAGAUGAAGCUAUCAAGCUACUUCAAUACCAGCUAACACUUGAGAAGGAUACCCAACAGUCCUUUGCGGGGUUAUCAGUGAGUGAAACAAUCUAUAAAUGCACGACACUUGGUCAACAUAAUAAGGCGAGCAAGAUCAAGACUGACUUCAAAGUACCAGAUAAAAGGUUUUGGUGGGUCAAGCUCCGGGCUCUUGUUGAAGUCAGGGAUUGGGAUAACUUGGAAAAGCUCGCAAAGAGUAGAAAGUCGCCUAUUGGAUAUGAGCCAUUUGUAGAAGAAUGUAUAAAAGCUAAACAGUAUCAGGAGGCAUCAAAAUACAUCUUAAAGUGUGAUCCACCUGCAAGACCUAUGCUGUUUAUCAAAAUAGGAGCCUUUAAGGAAGCAGGUGAACAAGCAUUUUUGAAUAAAGACGUGGAAGGAUUAAGACAAGUUCGGGCAAAAUGUACAAAUCAUAUUGUUGCACAAGAACUGGAUUCACUGCUUGCACAGCUCAAUGCAAAAUAAUAAAAUACAUAAACAUCUGAUUUUGCUUCU